AUGGCUAAUGAGGACUGUCCCAAGGCUGGUGAUAGUCCUUUUUCAUCGGAUAAACAUGCCCAACUCAUCUUGGCCCAGAUCAAUAAAAUGAGGAAUGGAGAGCAUUUCUGUGAUGUGCAGCUGCAAGUUGGGAAGGAAACUUUUAAAGUUCAUCGGCUGGUGUUGGCUGCCAGUAGCCCUUACUUUGCAGCUUUGUUUACUGGAGGAAUGAAAGAGUCCUCAAAAGAUGUUGUACAGAUUCUAGGAAUUGAAGCUGGAAUCUUUCAAAUACUUCUAGAUUUCAUAUAUACAGGUAUAGUGAACAUAGGCGUGAAUAAUGUCCAGGAGUUGAUUGUUGCAGCAGACAUGCUACAGUUGACUGAAGUUGUUAAUCUUUGCUGUGAAUUUCUGAAAGGACAAAUUGAUCCACUGAACUGCAUUGGGAUCUUUCAGUUCUCUGAGCAAAUUGCCUGCCAUGAUCUUUUGGAAUUCACAGAAAACUACAUUCAUGUCCAUUUCUUGGAGGUUCAUAGUGGGGAAGAGUUCCUGGCACUUACAAAAGAUCAACUGAUCAAAAUUUUGCGAAGCGAAGAGCUUAGUAUUGAGGAUGAAUAUCAGGUCUUCUUAGCUGCAAUGCAAUGGAUUCUGAAGGAUCUGGGAAAAAGAAGAAAAUAUGUGGUGGAAGUGCUAGAACCAAUUCGAUUCCCUUUAUUACCUCCUCAGAGGCUUUUAAAGUAUAUUGAAGGUGAGAAGGAUUCAAUGAUUUUUGACUGUACUGAAUGCUAUGAUCCGGUUACUAAACAGUGGACAACUGUAGCUUCAAUGAAUCACCCCCGCUGUGGCUUGGGAGUGUGUGUGUGUUAUGGGGCUAUCUAUGCUUUGGGUGGAUGGGUUGGAGCUGAGAUAGGGAACACCAUUGAACGAUUUGAUCCUGAUGAAAAUAAAUGGGAAGUAGUUGGCAACAUGGCUAUGUCACGCUACUACUUUGGGUGUUGUGAAAUGCAAGGUUUAAUUUACGUAAUUGGGGGCAUCAGCAAUGAAGGAAUAGAGCUUCGUUCUUUUGAAGUAUAUGAUCCACUUUCUAAGCGUUGGUCUCCACUUCCUCCAAUGGGAACCAGGAGAGCAUAUCUUGGAGUGGCUGCACUUAAUGAUUGUAUCUAUUCUGUUGGAGGAUGGAAUGAGACACAAGAUGCUCUUCAUACUGUAGAAAAAUAUUCCUUCGAAGAGGAAAAGUGGGUUGAAGUUGCUUCGAUGAAAGUGCCUAGAGCAGGCAUGUGUGUUGUGGCAGUUAAUGGGCUUCUGUAUGUUUCUGGAGGUCGAUCUUCCAGCCAUGAUUUCUUGGCCCCAGGUACCUUGGACUCUGUUGAAGUUUAUAACCCUCAUUCAGAUACAUGGACAGAAAUUGGUAACAUGAUCACCAGUCGUUGUGAAGGUGGUGUUGCUGUACUAUGA